UGAUGCAGAAGGCUGCCGCAAAACUCAGGUUCAAGUGGGAUGGCUAUGGUCCAAGAAGAAGCCAUGCCACCUUCGCCCGAUCCUGUAACGCAGACUCUUGACACCACUUCUGGCCCUCCUCCGUCAGCGGAGCAGGUUUCGAAGGUCACUAAUCGACACAUGGACACAGCUACCUAUAGAGAUCUGGUCAUCUUUGAGGAGAGAUUGCGGGGUAACAUGCGACGACUUCAGAGGAGAAAGAAGAAGUAUGAAGGUAUGCACGAAGCUUAUAGACAUGAAAUGUGUGAAGUGGAUGCUUACAAGAUAUCUUUUGCAGCCAUAUUGGUACUGUUCGUGGUACUGAUAGCUUACUUUUCAUAUGCUGUGUUUAUCCAUCCUAGUUCGAUCUCAUUAUUAGUAAUCUUCAACAAGAUAUGUUUGUUCGGCGUGGUGAUGCUGGCUUUUCUGUUCUUCUGGAGCGGCAUGUACAGAGAGAAAGUUGUUUAUGCAGCCAAGUUUGUGCCACACUGCAACAAGGCUUUAAGAUCUUUUAAUCUACACUUCAACCGUGAUGAUAACGGUCAACUGUCCUUUUAUAAGAAGAUACCAAAGCAGUUUCAAGAAGGGUUCAACGCUUACAGACAACAUUAUUAUGUACGAAAGAAGGCAAGGAAGGCAGCUAAGGCUGCAGGCGGGCAGAGACAACCUGCAAGUCUCUCCAAUUCUUCUUCCAAGCAACAGCACGGCCAAAAGCAAACAGUCCCUACUGAUAGUACCAAAGCUAAAUCUACAUAACCUACUUUCUCAACAUAUAUUUGUAUAUAGACCGCCCGCCUUGUAAUGUAUACUUCCCUCCAAUCUUCUGAUGUUUUUGAAAUAACCCCAGUGAGCACGCCAACAAAGCGAAUCUAACAUAUGAGCGGCUUUUCUUCAUAUUCAGUUUCGUGUAGCGCAUUAAUCACUUUUGUCCAUACCGUCGUCGCCUGGCUCCCUUUUAUUAGUCCCCAAUGGCAAAAAUAAAUGACGAUCUGUUGAUAUUG